AUGAUGAACAGCGGUCAAGAGUUCGAUUCGCAGCUCACAGAGGACUUUCUACUAUUUCUCGACCUGUGCCCGCAUCCCAAUAAAGUUUUCCAGCCAAAUUCCGAAGAAAGCUGUUUGGCGAUAAAGUGGCUAGAUAAGCUGUGUCGCUACGAAUGUGCCGAUUUGGGUGAGCGACGCAUGCGCAACAUCUACAUGAGCUAUCUGUGCUGUUGCCUCAUUGAAGGCGCACUAAAAGGACCAUUUGCCAGCCAGCCGCGGGGUGGACGCCUCCAGAGUGUACAGAGCGUAGACUUCAAUGCAACAAAAAAGCAGCCACUCUCCUGUCCUUCGCCGAUGAGAGUAAAGCCCUACAAGGAGUGCGAUGAUGGAAAAUCAAGUCCUGGUAAUGAUAACUGCGAUCAGCAGCUGGGUAGCUGCUGCUUCAGUAACGAUGGUGGUGGCGGCGGCAGUUUCAAUGGCGCUCGUGUCAGUAUCGGCAGUAGUCGUGUUGGUGUUCGUUUUGGCGGUGGUAGUACCACACGCGAGCUUAUGCGCUGCGGUCGAGAGGUGCACUUCAGUCCCGACAUUCAAUGUGAUUCGGAUAUGGGCAUGAAACCUACAACGGGCAAUAUUUUUAACAAAUAUGUGCUAGGUGAAAUUACUGCGCCUAGCGCCUUUAAUUCGUUUGCUUCGAACUAUGACGCAUCGUGUGACUCGUGUAAGGAAUACGAUCCAUAUUGGCAGGCGAAGCAGACAAUCCGGCAAGAUGCGGCCACCUUAUUGGAAGCAAUUCGCGCAGAGCUGCGUGGUGAAGUUGGCAGCAAUUGCAAUGAUUAUUUGGAAAGUGAGCUGGUGCGUUAUAAGAAUUUCAUAAUGAAUUUCUCGAGUAUUGCUUUCGUUCUCGAUACGCUGAAAUCGCUACCAGCAUUGCGUACAUUUCUAUUGAUAAAUUUGCAAAAUGAUUUAAUCAAAUUAAUUACAGACAAUUGCCGUUGA